AUCCAAGAGAAUAUACAAGAGUUUUUUGGUGAUACCAAUAAUGUGACUAUAAUUGGCCAUGGUUACGGGGCAGCCUGCGCCCACCUACUCAUGCUAUCACCAAUGGCCAGGGGGCUAUUCACCAGGGUUGUGCUCAUGAGUGGGUCGGCAUUAAGUCCCUGGGCUAUAGCCAGAAAUGCCGAGACCUACUCCAUUCAAUUGGCCAAGGAGCUCAACUGUCCCACAUACGACAACAUAUUAAUGGUGGAGUGCGUGCGCCAUAAGCCCGUGGAGGACAUACUGGGCGUCGACCUACAGGCGCCCCAAUACCUGACAGUAUUCGGGCCCAUAAUCGACGGAAUACUCGUGCCUUCGGAGCCCAAACAGAUCCUGGAGUCGGGUCUCUCGGACUUCAACUACUACUUCCACCACAACGUCACCCCUCCUGCCGCCCCGCCCCCGGUGUACAACUCGCAGUCUGUCCACUACAUCAAUAACUACGACCUCCUGUUUGGCGUGACCCGAGUGGAGGCGCCCUACGUGUUCAGCGCCCACGAGGAGCGCCACGGUUUAGACCCCCCGAAAAGGGACCGUAUUUUGCGGACACUCGUUAGGAAUUUGUUUGAUUUUCAACAACAGUCAAUAUUCUUGACUCUAAUGAAUGAGUACACGGAUUGGAACCGACCGGUGGAACACCCCAUAAACCUACUCGACUCGACGGUAGACAUAUUAGGCGACGCCUUGAGGGUGUCGUCCCUCAUAGAAAGCGGUGAUUUGCACUCCAAGUGGAUCUCAUCGCAAACAACGAGCACACCCUUACGGUCACCCGACCACCCGCUCAUACAGUCCUCCCAACCGUAUGUAUCGGCGCCGGGAGGGGCCGGUAGUGAGGGUAUGGGCGGUGCUGGCGGACCGGGUACUACACGUGAUGCCAGAAUAUAUUUUUAUGUAUUCGCUUAUCAGGUAUGA